AUGUCUCUAUGGAGCCGAGAUGAGGCACUGAUGUGCAAAGUCUUCCCAUCCAGCUUGGGAGAAACUGGACUUCGAUGGUUCGAUCGGCUCCUCGCUGGAUCAAUUCAUGGCUGGAAGCAGCUUUCCGAAGAGUUCCUAGCCAGGUUCGUCUCCAAUACUAAAAUCUCGAAAGAGCCGGAUACACUGUUCCGUCUCCGAAAGGAGCAGGAAGAAACGCUGCCCAGUUAUGCUAGGAGGUACUGGGAAGAGUACAAUGACCUGGAGGAAAACGUGUGCAGUGAGCAGAUGGCCGUUAUGUCUUUCAAACAUGGUCUGGGACUGGAAAGUAAGUUGAGACAAUCACUUACCAGGCGCCUAGCUACAACAUUGAAAGAUUUGUGUGCCAAGAUUGAGCAGUACGCUUGCCUCGAAGAUGAUCAGAUCUCCAUUGAGGUAGCAUCAGCAGAACAAACAGCUCGGCACAAGAAGAGAACAGAUCGAGGAGAACACCGAGGGCUCAUGGUGAAUGAGGUGGAUAAGUCCAAAUCUCACGAAGCCGUCGUGACUAUCCGGCUCGGAGAUCCGGCUCGGCGCAAUCAGAAGCUCAGAUGCACCUACUAUCAAGACAGGGGACACAUGGCUCAGAACUGCAGAGCACUGAAGCAACACUUAGAGAACCUAGUAGCAGCUGGGCACCUCCGGGAUUACAUUGAUCAGGAUAAGGAAGUGACCGAACUGGGGAACCCACCACCAGAACCGAAUACUGAGCACCCACCUCAGCUGAUAAUAAAUGUGAUCCAUGGAACAGCGACCCAGGGACGUGAGGAGGCACUGAAAGAAGAGAUUGCUAAGGCUAUGCAAAUUCAGCAGGUCAUGUCAGUAGAGCCCGCAUCGAAAAAGGUACGCACGGUACCCAAACCCCCCUUGUGUACUGUUUCAUUUACUAGAAAGGAUUUAGAAGGCAUACAACACCCACUUACUAAUGCACUGAUUAUUAUUGUGGGAAUUGGGAAACGAUUUGACGUAAAACGAGUCCUGGUAGAUCAAGGCAGCGCAGCAGACAUAUUGUAUUAUGACUUGUUCAGAAAGCUUGGUCUCUCCGAGCAGCACCUCACCCCAGCGAUAGCUCCGUUAGUUGACUUCAAUUCACAGCUAGAAUGGCUGCUUGGCAGAAUAGUGUUGCUAGUCGUGGCAGGAACAAAAACCCUCCAGAUAGAGUUUCUAGUUAUUAAUACACCACACCAUCCCCUUACAACGCCAUACUUGGCCGUCCAUGGAUUCAUCAAAUGGAGGCAGUCCCUUUAA